AUGUCGAGUGCGGUGCGAUUUCGCGACCCACAACCCCUGUACCAAUUGCAACAAAUCCCAAGUGGAGUGCAUACCAUAUACGCGAAAGCGCAAGAGAUUUACCAACAGUCUGUCGCCAGGGCGCCAUGCACCGGCUUCGGAUUCAUCGCGCACGGGGAUGCUGCCGUUGUCAACGAAGCUUUGACAUCCAUUGAAACCAAUGGCACUGAGACUUUUAUUAAAGAAGAGAGCUACCGCGGUCGGGGCGAGUACCUGGGCGGUAGUGUUCCAUUUGACGAAAAUAUGGUCAAACCUGGUCAUGAGACAACUUAUACCAGCCCAAAGGCCUCUGCAGCGGAUCUUCAGAUGUUGCGCGAGCAAGGAGCAUUUGAGCUACCCCCGAUAUCCAUUCAAAAACAGUUAAUGGACAGCUUCAAUAAAUACUGUGCUCCAUGGACACCUGUCGUUGAUCCCAAGUGGCUUGACGAAACCACACCACCUUCCAUGCUCCUCCUGCAGUCCAUUUUCUUGGCUGGGAGCCGGGUUUCCAAAGCGCAUCUAGAUUACGGAUCUAGUGAGGUAUUUUAUCGACGUGCAAAGCUCCUCUUCUUCUUCGGUGGAGGCCAUGGGUCACUUAUCUCUAUUGUGGCAGCCUGCCUCUUGCAUUGGUAUAACCCUGUUGGACCUGAAGACGUUUCGACUGACACCAGUGGGUUCUGGAUUCGAACGGCCGGGGCGAUGGCUUUCCAAAUUGGAUUACACAAGGAGCCGUCACCGAAUGCUAAAGAUCGGGGGCUCCGUCGACGAUUAUGGUGGUCUUUAGUGAUUCGAGAUAAUGUCAUCUCCGUCGGAGUGGGAAGACCACGUACAAUCAAUCUACGCGACAGCGAUGUUCUACCUCCGUCGAUAAAAGAUUUCCCAAAAAAGGAUUUCCAGGCACAGCUCUUUUUGGCAUACUGCACAAUAUCAUGUCUUCUAGGUGAUACUGUUGAGUGCUGUCUACGGCGUGAGAUUUCUCGACAACGCCGAGUGGACCUUGAAAAUGCCGUAUAUCGAUGGGCCAAACAGGUCAUUCCGAGACUGCACUCAUCUGCAAUGAUCCAGGAAGACGCAAUGACCUGUCAGCUUGAAGUUAAGCAGCUAUUGGUGAUGUACUUUGUUGGGCUAACGAUUUUACACCGUUCCCCAACUCCCAACAGUGUUCCACCCGCUGCAUCACUGGUCGCAUCGUCAUUUAUUGCGGGUAUCUACGAGGACUUUCUUCUACGAGACGAGCUACGCUACCUUGGCCCGGUGUUUGCAUUUUAUCCGCUCUGUGCAGGCCUCUCCCUUCUUUCGUGCUGUCGUUACCCACAGUUAAAAGGUACCGCCGAGCAUGAAUUGACCGUUAUGAAGCUCUCUCUCCAGAAGCUAUCUGAGAGGUGGCUCUCGGCGGUCGGCCCCUUGAGAGCCUUGAACAAAUUGACCGAAAAAGUCCGAGAACUAGCACCAUUCGAUGGGCAACCUACUCUGGACUAUGAAACCGCCGCAUUUUUCGAAGGAUUCGAUAUCAAGAUGUGCAAACAAUGGAGAUUGAUAGGACAAGCCUGCGAUUCAGAGGACGCUGAUGCCGUCACUACAACUUGUACCCUGGCCGAGGUUCAUGGCCCAGAAGUCACACUUCCGGCGUUUGAGGCGCGACCGGAAGACACAAUCGAUAAUGAUAGUUUCCCAGCCUUGGAAACGAAUCUGGAACUUUUUGGUACAGCCUGGGAAGGCUCCGGGUUUGAUUGGAGUGGUUCUUGGUUGCUCAAUGUUUGA